CCGAACACUGCAGCCUCAGCACAGCUGAACACUGCAGAGCGGCAAGCUGUGUGUAAACUACCUCCAUGCUACUUGUCCUCCGGAGAGACCAUGGCUCUGUCUCUAGGCCUAGCCAAUUUCAUCCUCUUCUUCAUUGGGGGGUUCCUCCUUUAUCAUUACAGCAGCACCUUCAGAUACUACUACAAGGUUUGUUUUUUAAUCGGUUGGAUGUUGGGCAUGUCCCUCCUUGUGCUUCCUCUUGUGGCUUUCCGAGGAAGGGAUGUGACAAACAUGAGAGUCCUUCGCCUUCUCAUGCUGCCUUUGAAAUACAUCCUUGACGUUAAGAUCAAUGUGCAGGGAGCUACAAACUUAAACCUGAAAGGGCCAUACGUCAUGGUUGCCAAUCAGCAGGGCAAUGUGGACUACCUUGGGAUGUUUCAGCUCUUGCCAGAGCGAUGCACUCUCAUUGCCGAGAAGGAGCCCUUCUACAUGUUGCCUGUUGGCGUGGUCUGGUGGUUGAGCGGCUUCAUUUUCAUUAACUACCAGAAAAUAGCAGACAGCAUAAGCAUCAUGUCGGCGGCAGCAGAUACCAUGGUUCAGGAGAAUCUGAGGAUCUGGAUGUUCCUUAAACAGAUGACAAAUAACACAGUGCCCAUCCAACAUGGGGCUUUCCAUCUUGCUGUACAAGCCCAGGUGCCAGUGAUUCCUGUGGUGAUGUCCUCUUACCAGCGGUUCUUAAACAACAAGAAGAAAAGGUUCACACCAGGGGAAGUGACAAUCAAGAUUCUCCCACCAAUGGAGACUCAGGGGCUGGGCCCAGCUGAUGUCCCAGAACUUAUGGAGCGUGUGCAGGAGACCAUGCUCUCCACCUUCCAUGAAAUUUCAGGAGAUGCUGGGAAGAAAGCAUGAGUCGUUCAAGAAGUGAUGUCUGCUCAGAGACCAAUUGCCCAGGAUCUUAGAAACCAAGCCAACCAGGCAUUUCCUCCCAUGCUUCCACUAUUAGGCUCUUUGUUUACCUAUCUACACCCACCUCACUGGCUUAGCCUGGGCAUCUGCUGGACCAGGAAAGCCAUCUAUAAGACUAAAGCUGUUGAUGAUUGGAAAGCAGAGUGAAGCCAGAGGUUGCCGGUUUGAAUCCCCGCUGGAAACACCUAUAUCGGGCAGCAGCGAUAUAGGAAGAUGCUGAAAGGCAUCAUCUCAUACAGCAUGGAAGAUGGCAAUAGUAAACCCCUCCAGGGCUCUGUGGUCUCCAAGGGUCACCAACUCAACAGGACACUUUACUUUACAAAUGUGUCACCCUGUUGGAGCCAGUGUUGGUUUUUAGCCUACUUUCCAGUAGGCUUAUGAGAUCACGUGUGUGUGUGACCCCUUAUCAACUUUGCAACGCCUGGACCAAUAUGAACCAAAUCAGGUACAGUUGUAGGGACACAUAGGGACACCUCAGUGGUGUAGUUUCUGAUGAUGUCAUCCACCCCAAUUCAAGAUGGCGGAUGCGUAAACAUUUGAGGAGCAAGUGGGCUAAUUUGUGAACCGCCCAACCGAUUUGAACCAAAUUUGCUACAGCUGUAGGGGCACAUGGGAAAACCUCAAUGGCAUAGCUUAUUAUGAUGUCAUCUACUCCAAUCCAAGAUGUUGGAUGUGAGAACGUUUGAGGAGCAAGCGGGCUAACUUGUGGACUGUCUAAUCAAUUUGAACAAAAUGAGGUACAGUUGUAGUGAGUGACACACAGGGACACCUCAAUUGCAUAGUUCGUGAUGAUGUCAUCCACCCUGAUUCAAGACGGCAUAUGCGUAAACUUUGGAGGCACAAGUGGGCUAACUUGUGAACCGCUUAACUGAUUUGAACCAAAUUUGCUACAGCUGUAUCGACACAUAGGGAUUCCCCACUGGCGUAGUUUGUGAUGAUAUCAUCCACCCCGAUCCAAGAUGGCAGAUGCAUGAACAUUUGAGGUGCAAGUGCACUAACUUGACUACAGGGAUACCUCAGUGGUGUAGUGUGUAAUGAUGUCAUCCAUCUUGAUCCAAGAUGGAGAACGCAUGAACAUUUGAGGUGCAAGAGAUCUAACUUGUGGACCUUUGAACCAAAUUUAGUCCAUUUGUAGAGAUAGUGAAAGGAAAGCAGGCAGAUUAAUUCUUACUAGAACAACUUGUUCUGUUGUGGGACAAUCUCCUUCAAUUACACACGUUUCUGGCUGCAGAUCUAAUGCGGAUUUUCCUUCUCCCUGUAUGCUUGGGUUUUGAUGAGCUUUAGGCAGAUAAAUAAAAUAAAAAUCAGGUUACCAGAUUUUUCACCAAUUGAACAUGUAUUUGGCACCUUUUUAAAAAAGCCAAUUAAUCUUUGUUUUUAACCCGAAGCAUUGUUUCAGGACUUGAAAGAGAUGUGUGUGGCUUUAUGAUUACCAUAUAGGCCAGCCAAUCAGCACUCUGCACAGGUAACAAAGAUGGCUUUGUAAUUGUCACAAGGGCCAGCUAACCUCUGUUCAGUGCAACUGGGUGCUUUCCAGAUUAGACCCUACAAUGGGGUCACGUCGUAUCUCGGAAGUGUGCUUCCACACUUCCUGCAUCGUGACACCGCAGUCCCUACGGGGACAGCAGGGUACUGUUCACAUUUCCAAUGCCUUGUUGUGAAUUUAAUAGCUGCGAUGUAGAGCAAGGACCGUUGUAUAUCUGGUGUGAAAAUGAUGCUGUUUUUCUGGGUUGUUAGUUGCUGCGAAACUGCUCCCCCUGCUGUUUACAUCCCGGAUGCGACUUGCCCAAACAAAGGCAUUUUGCUGCUGUUCCAGCAGCUAGUCUGGAAAGUGUCCUGGCUUCUGUUGGAAACAGAAAUAGCUGGUUGCUCCUGAGCUUAGUUAUCUUAGGAAGGCUGGCCAAAAAUGGGUGAGUGUGGAUUCAAAGCAGACUCACCAUGUACGCCUGCACAGCUUUUAUAGCAACCAAACAACUGAAGAUUCAACUACUUUAGUAUGCUAUGCAAAUUUCAUUUUUUUCAUUAAUUUUUUUCUGAUGGCAUUGCUAGUUUUGAUGGUUUCUACUCCCAUUGCAAAAUCAGUUACAACUUUCUUUGCUGCUGCCUAGGGAAACAUGACUGAGAAGCAUGAGGCUUGCUGCCUUGUUUUGUUUACAAAAAUUCUUGUCCUAGGGCCUCAAAGAUGUGCAGAGUACCUUGUCUUUUUGAAAAACAUGCUUCCUUACCUGUCUGGAUAUGCUGCAGAGUGUGGUGUAUUUCUGGGUUCUUGUUUUUUUUUUUUUACUAUUGGGAUUCAUAUACCUCUUUAUUAGGAAAAUGUCUCAAGGUGGCUAACAUCAUCAGCUCGAAAGUUGUGCCUCUGCCUGCCUGUCUUAUGAUGACAGAGGCCCCACAGAACUUUUAUAUUAAAAGUUAAUAUAAGACAAUCCCCCCAAAAAACAAAUAGACAAAAUAGGAGCAAUGAUUCACUAGGGACUGGUUCUAGAACAUAUAGACUGUCCCUGGUAAAUAGAGACAUUUGGAGUGUAUGCCAUUGUCAUUUUAGUUUUUUAAGUUAAUUUUAUUUAGGAAGAGUUUGAGUUUAUGGAGAAGAAUCUGCAUAUGAGAGGUAACAGAACAGAAGAUUAAGAGGGUACCAUGGGAAUAGACAAUUAAGCUUAUCCUGUUUCCUGACUGAUUUUAUUCACAAAACAGAAUUGGCUAAGGACAACAAUAGGUUUUUCUAGUGGUGUGUAUGUGACUUACUAAUUAUUAGAAUACCAGCCAUAAUUGCUAUAUAGGUGUAACACUGGCAGAUUCAAUCAAACUUUAUUACAACCAGCAAACUAAGAGGAAGAUUUUUUUAAUAAAAGGAAAAUAAAAAUUUAAAAAUUAGGGUUCUGCACUCUUGAGGAGGAUGUCUCUAGCCACCAUUCCAACUGAAAUUAAUUUUGUUUGUGCCACUUGCUGCGUAUGGAAUAAAGAAUCUCUCA